AUCAGCAUCCUUGCAUCAGUAUUACUUUGUUAAUGAGAAUAAGACCUGGACUGAAGCCCAGAGAUACUGCAGAGAGAAUUACACUGACCUGGCUACUACUGAUAACAUGGAGGAAAUGAACACACUCCUUAACACAGUAAAUGGCAGCUACUCAGGUUUAGCCUGGAUUAGACUGUAUGAUGAUCUGGACAGCUGGAGAUGGUCUCUAGAUGAUGAUGCUUUCUGUCAAGAGGGAGAAAAAGAUUUCAGAGGAUGGUCCCAUCAACCUGAUAACUACAAUGGAAAUGAGAUGUGUGUUUCCAUGAACAACCUAGGGGAAUGGUUUGACAGGCCAUGUGAUGACAGAAUUGCAUUUGUUUGUUAUAAUGGUACAAACACAUAUGUGGAGAUUUAUAACAGCAUGACCUGGGAAGAAGCUCAGAGAUACUGCAGAGAAAAUUACAUAGACCUGGCCAGUGUGAGGAAUGAGAACGAACUUCAGCAGAUCAUGACAUUUAGCAUCCUUUACAGCAAUGAGGUAUGGAUAGGUCUGCACAGGAACCGAUUAUGGUCAGAUCAGAGCAACUCAACCUUUACAUAUUGGAGACCAGCGUUUCCAGCACAGGGACCAGAACCUGAUAAUGGUUGGAAUUCAUUUGGUCAAUAUGGAAAUCAACACUGCACAGCUGUGGAUCAUUCUGGCCAGUGGACAGAUGAAAACUGUUUAGUGAGUUUAUAUCCUUUCUGAGUAGUAGAAAUAGAAG